AUGGCGUCCUCUCGUGCCCUCCAGCUCCUGCCCCUCCUCAUCCUCACAGUCGCCAUCACCACUGACGCUGCCACCAUCACCGUCAUCAACAAAUGCUCCUACACGGUGUGGCCAGGCGCGCUGCUGGGCGGCGGCGUGCGCCUCGACCCGGGCAGGUCAUGGACGCUCAACAUGCCGCCCGGCACCGCGGCCGCCAGGGUGUGGCCGCGGACCGGGUGCGCCUUCGACGACAGCGGCCACGACCACUGCAUCACGGGCGACUGCGCCGGCGCGCUGGCGUGCCACGUGUCCGGCGAGCAGCCCGCCACCCUAACACCACCACCCGCACCGCUCCGCUCACGCCUCCCAACUAUAUCUAGACAACUAUAA